UCAAAUGAAAACGGAGAACUAACAGGAUAAGGGGGAGAGAGAAGGAAAGAGAGAAAGACUGCGUGCGCAGUAGUAGGGAUUCUGUGUAGAAAGAGAUGGAAAGAGGUAGAUAGAUAGAGAGAGAGAGAGAGAGCGAAGGAGCGAGUGAGAGAGGGAGAAAGAGGGAGGAAGCACCAGGAGACCGAGGCUGCGGCGUAGCCUCAGUGCCGGCGCAGUGGCCGGGCCAUCGUGUCCUGUGGCCAGGUUUUCGUGCUCUUCUCUUUCCACUUCUGAUCCUAUUGAUAGUCACACACGUUCCCUGAACCAAGCAUCCUUCUUGGAAAGCUUAUCGCGAGUCUCCUUCGCGAGCCUCCUUCUGCCUAUUUCUUCUUCUCCUCUUCUUUCCUUUCUUCAUCCUAUCCUUAUUCUCCUCUUUGUCAUCCUAUUUCUACUUUCACCCUUCUUCCUGUCUUUUUUUUAUCCCAAAUUUCCCUCGGUUUUUGUCCAUCCUUUCUUAAACCUUUAACUUUUAAUUUUUUAACAUUCCCUUUCCUUCUCUUUCUUUCUUUCUUUCUUUUUUUCUUCCUUAAUUUCCUUUUUAUCUUCUCACGUUCUAUUUCUACGUUUACGCGAUAUGCACGCAUAAGUACAGGACAUUCGCAAGGACACACACACGUAUAUCGACCCAGUGCGAUGCCGGACGUGGUCGGUGGUCGUCGCGACGCGAUGUGAACUUCGGUGAAAUAGAGAGAAGGAGGGGGAGAGAGAGAGAGAGAGAGAGAGAGAGAGAGAGAGGGAGAGAGGGAAGGAAAGAGAGGGAGGACGGAUUCUUUUCCUCUUUGUCGAACAUAAUCUGGUGUGAUUCUGGAAUUUUCUUGUUGGUUCAUUGUGUUCUUCAACGAAUUCUUCAAGCAAGGACGGUGAACAAGCUGCAAGAGAGACUGAGAUAGAUAGAUAGAUAGAUAGAUAGAUUUAAUCGAGAUAUUACAAUAUCGAAUAGGUACUUGUUGAUAAAGGAUAAUAACUCGUGAAAUAUAGAGUGAAAGAAAAAACGUUUCUUUCUGCCGGGCAACAGCAGCCGGGAGCAUCAGGGUGAAGAGGUGGGAGCCAUGCCGCCCGGGCGAACUUCCCUCGAGGCAGCCAGCAGGAUCGUCGAGCUACCGCCUUCCUGUCCUUCGAGACUACCAGCUGUGGUUUCUGAUCGCCUCCAUUGAGGUGAAAAGCUGUGGAUUGUCGUGGUAGACUCUCGGCCCCAGGAGUGGCCCGGGGGUGGUUACCCUGGGGACCUCGUCGGGGAAAAGAUUGGACUGGAAGGAGGAAGUGGCUGAGGAAGCAAAAAAAGAAGAAGGAGAAGAAGAAAACGAGGAGUGGAGGAGGAGAGCGCUAUGAACGCCAGCGUCAACAUCGAGAGGAACUCCUGGCGGCUGCCUCCCGACGAGACCGUCCAGGUCGCUGAUCCCCGAUCGAAGUCAGCUCAGGAUCUGACGUACGCCGAGGGCGGUCACAAUUGGCGAAGCAUAGUAUUCUCCCUUCUGGUCAUCGGCUUCGUUAUCGCCGGGAUCGUCACGGCUAUUUACCUACUUGGGUACGUUGACGAGCUACUCUAUUGGAGCGGCAGACGUCUUACGUUGGACGAGUGCCUUCGAGAUGACCUGACACCGCACAGGUUACCACCAACUUGGGUAUCCCAUGACAAAUUCGUAUACCAAGCGGAUGACGGUUCCCUCACACUACUGGACACCAGCAACAACACUGUGUCACUUCUGGUCUCUAAUCACACACUCAGACAGCUGAACGUCCAAGGUUAUCAAUGCAGCUCAGAUUUGCGUUAUGUAUUGUUCAAGCACAAUGUCAAGCCGGUAUUCAAAAACACGUUCACCGCACACUACACAGUCUACGACGUCACGAACGAUCAUCACACACCCCUUCAUCUUCAAGCCUCGAAGAAAAAUCCACAAACGAGACUUCAACACGCAACUUGGUUGGGCAAUACGACCGGUCUCGUGAUGAUCUCGGAGAACGAUAUUUAUCUUAGGAUAACUCCAUCAUCGAUGGAGGACACACAACUGACGGAUACCGGUGUUCCUGGUGUUAUAUAUAACGGUGUACCUGAUUGGUUAUAUCAGGAGGAAGUAUUGCCUAGACCGGAAGCCACGUGGCCGAGUCCUGAUGGCACGCAUAUCCUCUUUGCUUCGUUCAACGACACCCAAGUUACAGCUUUGGAAUUCCCUUGGUUUGGUACUCAACCAGGUCAAGAAGGUUCCGCCGCAUCAACCCCACUCGGAGCACCUCGACGUGGCUCUUUUCCACCUUCGAGAUCCAUCAGAUAUCCAACCCCUGGUUCAGCCAAUCCGGAAGUCGAUUUGUGGUUAUUAGAAGUGAACAAUACCAAUAACUUGACCAACGGAAAUGGAACAUUUAGUCCGUCGGGUAGUACGAAGACAAAACUUAAGCCACCACCUGUCUUGGAUGGACAAGAAUACUAUCUGAUAUCAGCUGGAUGGGUUGGCGGAGACGCUUCCCAAAUUGCAGUCGUGUGGAUGACCAGGUCUCAGAAUUUGUCACUAGUCUCGGCAUGUCGUGCGCCUCUCUGGGAGUGCGAGGAAACCCAUUCAGAGAGGGCACCCGAGGGUCAAUGGUUGGACGCGCAACCGCAUCCAAUUUUCGCUCCUGACGGUGAUAGUUUCCUGCUGCUUGCGGCUGUCCAGGAGGGUGACAAGGAACAUUUCACGCACAUAAAGCACGUCACGUUAACGCAACAGAGGAUAGCCGUACUAUCGCACGGUCGUUACGAGGUGAGCGAGAUCCUAGCGUGGGACACCAAAGCUCACCUGGUGUACUAUCUGGGUACGAGAGAACGGAGACCUGGACAGAAGCACCUUUACGUGGUACGCGAUCCGAUUGCCGACGAUCCUCGUCGUUUGGAACCUUUAUGCGUUACUUGCGACCUUGGUGAGGUCCUCUGGAGUAGUAGAUUUUAUUACACAAAUUGCACUCACUUCGGUGCCUCCGUAAGUCCUGCGAUCACCGACGAUACACAGGGUUACUAUGUACUCUAUUGCGAAGGUCCCGGCUUGCCAUUGGCCGGUGUGCAUAUGAUGUCAUCCCAUAAGAUGAUCCGUGUCCUCUAUGACACGCGUAUUCAACGUGCCGAUAAACUCUCGCAGCUGGCGUUACCGACGAGAAGGAGCUUCGAGGUGCCAUUGCCUCAAGGUUGGAAAGCGCAGGUGCAGUUGCUCCUGCCACCUUCCUGGCGAGAGGAGCUGAGGGACGCAGCGUUUCCAGUUUUGGUGGAGGUCAAUGGUCGGCCUGGAAGCGAGGCAGUAACAGAUAAAUUUAGAAUAGACUGGGGUACUUACAUGUCGAGUCAUAACGAUGUGGUUUACGUGAGACUCGAUGUCCGUGGGGCGAGGGGACAGGGAAAAAGGGAUCUUUUCCGGAAGAUCGGAGGCGUUGAAGUUCAGGAUCAGCUGACGGUCCUGAGGCAUCUUUUAAAGACGCACAAAUACUUGGACGUCACCAGAGUUGGCGUUUGGGGUUGGGGUUACGGUGGUUACGUUACUGCCAUGGUACUAGGAAGUCAAGAGAAUGUCUUCAAAUGCGGUGUCGCCGUCAAUCCGAUAGCCGAUUGGCUCUUUUAUAACUCCGCCUUUACGGAACGAGUCCUUGGUGCACCAGCUGAGAACUAUAAGGGUUACGUAGAGGCUGAUUUGACUCAAAGAGCGAGAUUAGUGCCGAGUCAUAGUCUUUAUCUUCUUCAUGGUCUAGCAGACCUAACGGCGCCUUAUACCCAUGGCGUUGCCUUUGCCAAGGCUUUGUCUGAAGCGGGAGUCAUCUUUAGGUAUCAGAGCUAUGCGGACGAAGAUCAUGCCUUAGCAGGUGUGCUCGAACACGCUUAUCGUUCUAUGGAGGACUUUCUCGCCGAGUGCCUCACCUUGGAUGCCUCCUAGUGCCUCAAGCCGAAUACUCCCUUGUUGUCGAUAGUGCGCCUACUUCUAAUAAAUCCCAGGAUGAACAUUUAAAAGCGAUCUAGCCCGCGAAUAGAUCGAGCUGAAAGCUUGGAAAGCUCUCGGAUAUACAGCGCUCGAUCGCACGAAAAGAAGAGAAAUAGGGAAGAGAAAGUCUUUUCUUCGGAGUUUUGAAAAAUAAAAUAAAAGAGAGAGAGAGAGAGAGAGAGAGAGGAGGGAGGAAAAGAAAGUAUGCGAGUAUAGAUGCGUGUGCGAAGAAAGAUAGGCGGACAUUGAGAGUAUCCGUGUUAAUAGUGUAUUCACAAAUAAGUCGUUUACAGAGAUAGAGAUAAAUAGUUCUAGCAAUAGUGAAUAAAAUGUGAGAGUGAGAGCUUAGAAAAAUGGAUUACGCGAUCGUAUAUGUCGAUGUCGAUCUUCUAUUCGGAUCCGAAAGAUUUCUCUCCUCGCGGUAUGAUCCACGGUAAUCGAUAAAAAGAAAAAAAAAAAAAAAGAAAAGAAAAAAAAGAAAGGUCGAAAGUCGAUGUGUUAACGUUAUUACGACAUUAGUAAUAAUGAUUUUCUUAGUCAUUUGAUAUUCCAUAUAUUUUUAUAGUCGAUUAAAUCGCUGCAAGUAUUCCGUUAUCGUAGACGUUGUCUGUGAUACGACGUUACGCAUGUGGUAAAGAACGAAAUAAUAUACAUAUGUAUGUGUAUGUAGAUAUGUUACGUACAAGAAACGACGUUGGAACCUGUUUGACAUUUUAUAACAUAUCCGAAUUAUUUCUCGUGAUGUUUCUCUUUAAGACGCUCAUGCUAAAUGCAUAUCCCCGUGUUAUUCUAUAUACUUACGUAAUUCUUUUCUAGCGACGCAAACAUUAUUAUACUUUUCACCGACGAUAAUCCAUUUUUCUUGGUCGACGCGAAGAAAGAAACGAGAUAAAGAUGGUGCAAUCAAAAUAUAUUGCACCUCUACGAGCAAUAUCGUUAAAUAAUGUUAUUAAAUCACUUGCCUGCAUCAGCCUACGAAAUUCCUCUUUGCUACGAAACGAAUUGAAAAAAAAGGAAAAAAGAAAAAAAAAAAAGAAAAAAAAUAAUAUACUUCAAUAUACGUCGCCCAAUUAUUCCUUCUCGAAGCGUGCAAGCAUCAUUUGAUUGAAAAUAAUGGAAAUAUACUAAAAGGGAAAACAAUUUUUCAAUUACGUCGGGCCAUACAUCAGGAUAUACGCCCAAAAUUUUAUCUACGUAACGAAAAAGUUUGAAAAAUUCCAGCAAGACAAAAGUAAUAAUUUAAAAAUGAAAGAACAUUUUAUUGGACGAAAAUAAUCAGCGCAAAAAAUAAAAGAGAGAGAUAGAGAAAAAAAGAUAUAUAUAUAUAUAUAUAUAUAUAUAUAUAUAUAUAAAGGAAAAGAUUUACUCGAUAUGAAGAAAAAGAAAAAGAAAAUAAACAAAAAAACGUAGCAUCGGAAAGAAAAAGAGAGUUUAUUGAAGAUUUCUACAAAAAAUAAAGAAAAAAACGUUUUAGUCUUUCCUUCCUUUAUUCCCUCUUUUUUCCUCAUUAUCCGUUACCGGUGCCUUCUAGAGUUGAGAUUGAGCGUGAGAAAGUCAUUAUUAAGGUUAUUCGAUGACGUUCAUCUGAAGGCAUUAAUAUAUUAAUAAUUCGAAAAUUUCAAAAGAAAAGAUAAAGAACAAAAGGAGAGAAAAUAAUAUGAUCGAAGGUUUCCCUUGAGUUCUCCGUCAAGCAUAGCUUUCGCGCGCCUAGUGUAUGUGUGUGUGUGUGUGUGUGUGUGUGUGUGUGUAUGUGUGUGUUUGUGUGUGCGUGUGUAUGCGCGUGCGUGUGUGCCUGUGCGUGCGCGCAUGUGUGUAUAUAUCUUAAAGUCGCGUUAAGAAGAAAUUCCCCUAAAAAAAAAUCUACUCCCUCUUCUAAGGUUCUUUAUCUUUAAAUAUUUAUACAUACAUACUGCUAUCACUAUUACUAUUAAUUACUACACGCUGUUUAUAAACAUUAACACACGCAUUUACACACACGCGUCGCUGAAGAAAAUUUUCUCCUCCCUUGUUACGUGUGACUCUAUCUCUCGCGCUCGAGAAAUAUUUACCAAUCGCGAUUUGGUGCAUCUAAAAAAACAUUAUUAUUAUAUAAAGAACAAACGAAACGGAAGAAUUAUGUAAUAUAAUUAAUUCAUCGAUUUCGUCGGUCAACAGUCGAAAUUGGAGACGCGUACACUCCAGAGUUUUCGAGCGUGUUCCUCGUCUACGACUUGUAAGAGGUUGUUCGACAAAAUGAAAAAAGAAACAAAGAAAAAAAAAAAAAAGAAAGAAAAGAAAAGAAAAAAGUAAUACAACGUAAUCAUCAAUCGUCGAGGAUGAAACGAAUCAAAGAAAAGAAAUCUCAAACGUGAGCUUAAUUUUACAUGAUAUUCAUAAAAAUUAAAUAAAAGAAAUAAUUCUCUCUCCCUGAAACGGAUCGUGGCAUCGCCGUUCUCGACUACUUUCGAUUUAUACAUUUUCGAAAUUAUAUCUUCCCUGUAUCAUGCGUGUUUUGACAAAAAUAAGGAGGAAGGAUAUAAAAGAAAAAUAAUAAAUGAAAGAAAAGAGGAGAAGAUAGACAAAUGAUGUUAAAGAAGAAGAACGAAAAGGAAAGUUAAGAAAGAAAGAGGACAAAAGUAAAUUGUCUGUCUUUACAUUAGUGUUCGUUCACGAAAGGAUAAAUAAAUAAAUAAAUAAAUAAAUAAAUAAAUAAAUAAAUAAAUAAAUAAAAAAUCGUCUUCGUUUACAAGUCUGAAAGAGAAAUAAUUCUAUGUAUUAAUGAAGACAGAUUAAUAAUUGUGCGAUAGAGAGAGAGAAAGAGAGAGUGAGAGAGUGAGAGUGAAAGUGAGAGAGAGAAUGAGUGUGCAUGUGUGUGCGUGUGUGUGUGCGUGUGUGUGUGUGAGAGAGAGAGAGAGGGAGAAGAUAAGCGCGCUCGAACGAAGAGAGUCGCACGUGUCGCCAUACACGCUGUCUGCCAGAGCAGCCCUUAAAUGCCGACAAUCAAGGCUAGUGCAACUAAUCAAACGAUAAUAAAUAGAAAGGAAAGAAAAAAAAACUACCUAAUAAUGUUAAUGAAUAUUAGAAAAAAAAAGAAAAAAAAAGAAAAAAAAAAAAGAAAAAGAAAAAGCGAAUGAUCAUUGUCGAUCGUAUAUGUUUAGAUGUGUAAUAUGAGACGUGUAUGUGCAUGUACAUACACAAGUGUAUGUACGUCAAUUAAUACGAGAUAGGCCUCGUAAAUGAGGCGCUGAAGUUCAGGCGUCGCGUGUUUGAAUCUAUAGAAAAUAAUGUUUGAAGAAACGAAGAAGGUGGUAACGAUUGAUCGAUGGGAUGUUUAUUAAAGCAACAAUAAAAGAAAACAUAUACAUACUCGAUGAUAGCGGCAUUAAGAGUACAAAGGACCGUACGCUUGGACGAUUUUGUGUUCGGGAUAUUAUUAUUAAUAGUGAUUUAUUGCAAAAUGUAAUUAAUCGUCAGUCAAGGCCUUACUGAUGUAUACCUUCGUGCUUCGUCGCGUUUAGCUCGAAUUCAAUGAAUUCUCAAUAUCUCGAGAUAUAUACUCUAAAUCGAUUUGAGAUCCCUCUUAGCGAAACCCUUAGUGAAUUUUCCGAAAAGAAAUUCGUAAACUUCUGUAACGUCAUUUUAUAAUAAGCCGAAUAAGUCAAAAGUUAUCGAGAAAAUUGGAAAUUCUAUAUGGUGACUUUGAAAAAAAAAAAAGCUGGCAAAUUCGUUUUUACGAAAUCUCUCGUCUAAAUGAGAGUCUUUUAUGACAAAGAGAGGAAGUGAGAGAGAGAGAGAGAGAGAGAGAGAGAGAGAGAGAGAGGGAGAGAAAGAGAGACAAAAAGACAGACGAGACGAGAGACGUCGCUUGAGCAUUAAUUCUUUAAUUAACGUGCACAGACGACAACAUUAUAACCCGAAGAAGAUGAAAUGUAGAAGAAAAAAAGAAAAGACGAAAAAAAAAAAAAAAAAAAAAAAAAAAAAAAAAAAAGUUUCCGCCUUUUUCGCUAGAGAAACUCGAAAGUCGUGAGUGAUCGAUGCGUGAAUCUUCUGAUCCCAGGAGAGAGUGUAAAAUCACAAUCAAUUAUUAAGUAUAGUAAAUUUAAUGCGAAAGAAGACAGAGACUAAUAGGGGUUGGGGUGGGGGAGACGGCGAAUAAAACAUAAGCAUAUAGGUAUCGAAUUAAUUAAUACACGAUCGCGAAGGAGGGGAUGGCCGCAGGCAUGCAAAAAAAAAAUUAAAAAAAAAAAUAAAUAAAAAAUGAAAAAAAAAAAAAACAAAAAAAAAGUAUGCGAAAUAUGAAGUUAUUCGCCAAAAAAAGAAAAUAAAAAUAAAAAUGAAAACCUUGGUAGCUGCGCAUAAGGAUAUCUAUAGCUUUUGGUAAAGUAUUAUAUCGCCGCUAGGCUAAAGACAAAAAAAAUUAUACACACGCACAUAUGUACGUAUGUACACAUCAAGAUACAGUGACAAUGAAGAACUUAUGUUCACUUACAUCUACACGACAAAAAUAAUAUACACAUACACCAGUACGCAGUAAUACCAGGAGGAAUAUAAUUUAAUGCGGAACCCGACCCAAGAAUCGGGCCCGUGCGAAGAAUCGAAUAAUAAAAUCAAUACGAAUAGUAAAUUAGAGCGAUAUGUUUGAAAAACGUAACCGAUCUCGAUUAUCCGAAACACCAUCUAUUAAUUCUUCAAUUUCCUUUACUAAGAUACAUUAUAUUAAUAUAAAUCCCUAAUUGCAACUUUAAAUCUCGAGUAAUUUUAUUUGAUAAAUAGAAGAAUUUCAAGAAUCGUUAGAUUUCUAAUAAGAUGUUCAAAAGUGAUUGUUCUAUUUAUUAGUGUCGUUUGUUUAUUUGUUUAUACGUAUAAAACAUUCUUAAAUCAGUUUUAAAAUUAGAGAAAUUCUCUGUUCUACAUUAUCUUUACUCUCUUUCUUUCUCUCUCUCUCUCUCUCUCUCUUUCUUUUUUUUUUUUUUUUUUUUUUUUUUUUUUUUUAUUAACUUAUUCGAUAUUCGCUAAUCGUUUCGAAUAAUCGAGGUAUCAUCGUAAUAUAUUCGCAAAAUUUUUACGUCAGAACGUCCGAAAAUCGAUCGAGUAAAAAUGAAAAAAAAAAAAAAAAAAGAAAAAAAAGGAAAAACAGAAACGUUUCAAAAUCGCCUAUUCGAACGCGACGUAGAGUCGAAAAGCGACGAGAACGCUGCUCCAAAAAAAAAAAAAAAGAUUAUCGACUGUAUAAAUCGAAUCAAUGAAGAAUAAGAAAGAAGAAUUGUUUUUAUAUACUAAUUAAUAUAUUCGCUCGAAGAGAAAAAAAAAUGAAGAUGAGGUUGAGUCGAAUGGGACUAGUGUCCUUAUAUGUUCAACAUAAGCUUCUCUCGAGACACACGGACGAUUGCUUCAUCAUCCUAUCUAAUAAAUAACUAAAUAAAUAAAUAAAUGAAUGAGUAAAUAAUAAAUUAAUAAUAAUAAUAAUAAUAAUAAUAAUAGUAAUAAUAAUAAUAAUAAUAAUAAUAAUAAUAAUAAUAAUAAUAAUAAUAAUAUCGAUAAUGAAGAAAAACAAAAAAGGAGUAACAAAUAUCGCCUCUGAGCGCGAAACGAGACGCGCUGAUUGUUUCGACUCGACUUUUUGCGAUAUUCGCACGGACCUGUAGACGAGAAAUAUCCGUGAAAUCGGCCAAUCGGGACACGAAGAAUCUGUGUGUGCGCGUCAAUUGAACGCUUCGUGAUUCUCGUGUAUAUUUCUUUUUUUCUUUUACUUUUUCUUUUUCUUAUUUUUCCUUAUAUUCCUUAUAUAUAUAUAUAUAUUCUAACACUCGAGAUAUUUAUUACUUGAGAUAAACGUUUCUUAACGUAAAGAUCGAGAAAUUAUUUAUUCAGCAAUCUUGUUUAUUAUUUAUUGUUCGAACGUGCCUAUCAAUUUUGAAUCGUGUCAAUACGUACAUACGAGAAUCGGUAAGGAAAACGCUGGUUUCACGAAUAUCGUUCAAGUUACCUUCCAUGUAACAUCCAUGAGAUAAUCAUGUUAUUAAGACUCUGCGUUUUUUAAUAUCAGCGAGGAUCGCUCCGGACAUCGGGCGGACAAAAGUGUUUUCAAUAAACUGUUACAUUACCUGA